UUGUAUUUGUGUCUCUAUUUUCAGCAUCCGCACCACAAACUGCCACCUGGAGCCCCGUGACAAGCCCCAAGGGAGCUCCCCGAGACAGCUGCUGCAUGCCCCGACCCCACCCGCUAAAAUACUCACCACAGAGUUAGGAAAAUGACAGACGAGGAAGUGAGAGUUUGGAGAUAGCUACAGCCUUUUGGCCAGAGUCCAUUUUCUCUCCAUCGGUCUGGAACCUUUAAGCAUAGGACCGAAAUGUAAGAGAGCAGUCUCCCGAGGAAAUGGUAUUGCGACCGUUACGUCUCUAUACUCGUGAGCGCCAGGUCAGUGAGUGUUACGGGCGAGUGGUCUACGAACUACAAGGUAGGGCUUCGUGCGUUGGAUUUUCUUGCUGAUCUCUGACACAAAUGAGCGUUUUUGUUGUAAACAUACUAUUCUUUUAAAAUAAACCUGAAUUUAUUUUUUUUUUUUGCUUCGCUGAAAAUCAGAUCAAAUGGUAUUCUCCUUUGCAGGAGGCGUUUCUUCGAGAUUAGGCAAGGUUUAGAAAUUGAAUUUACGAUGCAUAAAAUGAAGGCAGGUCAUCGCACAUCCCUGCUAUCAGUGCAUGGGAAAAUUGUGACAUGGAAACGUCGACACUUCAAAAAGUUGGUUACUUUCGUCUUGGCUCUCAUCACGAUCUUCUUCGUCUUGAAGAUUCAGAGCCUCAUUCACAACUUGAGCCAGGAGGAGCAACUUGCGAACAACAUGGAACUGACGUGGACAUUUUCCAAGAUGGGAAAGGCUAAGCCACUAAGCGACAAAGACACGGCGCUGGCUCGUAAUCAAUUCGCCAAGCUGGGGAUUUCCAUGAUAAAACUCACUCACAUGACCUUGAAGGGCUCCAGACAAGAGCAGGACGCGAAUUCCAGAUCUAUAGAUGGUCAGAUAUCUUCAGACCCAAAGAUCAGUGAUAUUCUCAAAGGUUCUUCUCCCUCCACAGAUCCAGACAAUGUGGGUUUAUUUCUCGCUAUUUUGGUAGUUUCUCGGCCAAACAACGUUCUGUUCAGACAGGCCGUUCGGAAAACGUGGGGGCUCAACCUCAGCGAGAUGGGAGCAACGGUUCAGUUCUUGGUGGGGCGAGAUGAGCACUGGGAUGACAUCGUUGACAGAGAAUCUAGGAUGCAUAAUGAUCUCGUCAUUAUAGAAGAGCAGGACACCUACGAAUACUUACCUAACAAAGUCUUAGAAGGAUUUGUUUGGGCUUUGCGGCAAGCGCCCAAACCGAAAUUUGUUAUGAAAGUCGAUGAUGACACAAUACUCAACGUACCUUAUCUGAUCCAAGAACUGCGCUCCAAUGUGAUAAAUUCCUCACAAAUUCUGGGAGCUGUGUGUGUGAACUCAUCGGUCAUACGAGACUUCGGUGACAAGUGGUCUGUGAGUUUCUUGGAUUUUCCUUUCCCCACGUAUCCGCCGUAUGUAUUUGGGGGCGCUUACGUGAUGUCCCUCUCAGCUGCUUCCUGUAUUAUGCAAGCUCGAGCCAAGACUUUUGAUUGGCUGCAGCUAGAAGACGUCUACGUCACGGGACUGCUUGCCGGGAAGUGUGGCAUUACGCCCCGAGGACACCCGGCAUUUUCACACUGGAGCGACUCAAAAGCUUCUGCUUGCGAUUUUGUUCUGAAUUUAAGGAUUUCGAGCGUAAACCACACAGAACACGAGUUUUUCCAGAUCUAUUCGGAUAUCCAAGAACUGCUGCGCUCCAAGAAUAUUACACGUUGUAAUACAGCUUUGUAGACAAUGA